CCAGCGGAAUGAACUACUAAGAAAUGAGUGUUGCGGACCUCAUUCCGUUCUGAACAGUUGGAUCUGAUCGUUUGGAUUGGGCUCUGGGCUCGUGGUUGUGAUGUUUGUUGAUGUUUCUAAGUUCAGAGUAGCAGGCGUAAAAGCAGCUGCUGUUGCUGCUGCAUCAGCAGCAGCUGUGGCAGAUGCAGGGCCUGUAGCAGCAGCAGCGGCUGGCGCAGCAGCUGCAGAGGCUGUCACAGCAGCUUUGGGUCUCCCGAAGGGUAUUGCACUGUACGCAGGCGGUGGUGGGAUGAACUCUCAACCUGUUGUGAGUGAGAUCGAGGGUUUCAAUAAGCAUGAAAACAGGGGAAACGGUAUUAUCUCCCCACCACCCCCUUUUGUGGAGGAGCUGAAAGAGGAUCAUCGAAGACUAAUGCAGACUCCAUGGUCGGAAAAAGGGCGAGCACCAGGAACCAUGGAUGUCUCGUCAUCAAUGGUCAGCAGUUACCCAUGGGAUUGGGUGAAGAAUGAGCAUGUCGGUACAUUGACCCGGCCAGAACUGGACAACUGGAAUAACCGAGGCAGGCCGGAGAGGUUGAGGAAUGGGGUUGUAGGAGCUGCAGCAGGUAGUUUGAUGCAUUCGGCAUCAGACAACUGGGAUAUGUCAACAAUAUCAGGAGAGGAGCAAAGGAACAAUGAAUGGCGUUCACGGUCGGAUUCAAACUAUGUGAGAAGGAGAGAGAGGAAUGUGAGUCGCUGUAGUUCAGGCACCUGGAGUGACUAUGGACGGGACCAAGAGUUAGCACUGAGGGAGGAUGAUGGAUCAAGAAACAGGGGUAAUGGGACAGAUAGCUCGUAUGAGGAAAUGGGAAGUCCUGAGAGGAACAGACAAAGGGAGAGGGAGGAAAGGGCGGUCAUGACAGAGGAGCAGUGUGUGCGGAAUGUGUACAGGAGCACAAGUCUGGACAGCAAUGGACAUAUAGGAUCCAGGGAUAUGGACUUCAGCGAACAUGUGAGGGAGAGAGAGGCAGGAGAUGACGACGAGACGGAGACAUUGUCAUCAUGGGACUUUGGGGAUGGCGAGUCACCCAUAAUGCAUGGGGCAGCGGAAGGGAGGGGAGGCCUUGGGAGCGCUGGGAGCAGGCAGAUGUCACAGGAUGCUCCUGUGAGGUAUCCUUCUCAGAUUGUCUCGUUGCUGCCCAGUGCGACAGAGAUCCUCAUGGAGCUGGGUGUAGGUGACAGGCUGGUUGGUGUCUCAGACUUGUGUGACUAUCCUGCGGAUGUUAGUUCAGAUCGUCAUAUAGUCAGCCGGAGCAAGAUAGACACAUCAGUCAUGUCCAGCAAAGAAGUGGAAGAGGCGAUGAAGAAUAUCAUGGCGAAAAAGGAGAGUUUUUUUGAAUUGGAUGUCGAGUGGUUGGAAUCGCAACAACCCGACUUAAUUCUGACGCAGGACAGCUGUGCUAGGUGUGAUGUAACUGAUGGGAAUGUGGGCUGGGCUCUCAAGAAAUCUAAGCUUUCAUCGGAUGUUGUCAAAGUAGUCGUACUAAAUCCACGAACGUUGUCAGAGGUGUUGAACUCCAUUCUUGAGAUCGGGGAUGCAGUGGGCACACAAGUUGCCGCGAGGUCCCUUGUGGAUAGGUUGCGGAGCAGGAUGCGGGCUAUUGCAAGGAUGGUUGCCGGUGAGAAGCGUGUCCGUGUUCUUUCAUUGGAGGGAUUAUACCCUCUUGUGGUUGGGGGACACUGGCUACCAGAAAUGAAAACGUUGGCCGGGGGUAUUGAUGGUCUGCAGGAGCCAGGAGCACCGGCAGAGAGGCUGCAAUGGGAGAGGGUGAUUGCAUAUGCUCCAGAGGUUAUUGUCAUCUGCCCAUGCUCGUCAUCUUUACAGCGCACGCUUGGUGAAUUGGAGCUUAUUGCAUCUUUGAAGUACUUCUGGUCCAUUCCUGCUGUGGAGUCCGGCAGGGUUUUUGUCUGUGACCAUGUUUAUUUCAGCCGGCCGGGGCCAAGGUUGAUGGAUGGCAUAGAGAUCAUGGCGCGACUGCUUCACCCAUCCAAAAUCCAUCGCAAAGCCCCAGCGAAUACUGUCCUGAAGCUUUCUUUGGCGCCCGGGCAGCGCUGUAAGCCCGAAGAACUGCAUCUCUAUUUCAAACCUUAUCAUUGAAUUCUCCGGCCUGGUCCUACUUCCCAUGUCCCCAGCUAUUUCUUCCCUUUCCUCCCUUCUAGAGACUCUCUUCAUUGUCUCUAGUCCUUGCUCCCUUCAACCAACACAUGUUCACUGCCUACAGUGUGCCCACCACCGUUCCUUCCCCUAGUCUUUCUUCUCUCUCCUGCUUCUCCUCCGUGGGAGGCUGAGCAUCUCUGCUUUCUGCAACUGGAUGACUUGAAGCAGAUAACUUGGAUCUAACUUCGUAGCUUGGACAAGGCCAC